CAAAAGGCUGCUGCCGAGUCCCAAGCGCCGGGAGCACCAAGCAGUGUGUCCACCGCCAGACCAGAGUUCUUUUGGUUGGACAGAUCUGUGAGACUUCCCAGGAGAGCACCCUUGGGCUCUGCUCGCCCCUGCUCCUUCAGGGAUGGAGGCAAUGGCAGCCAGCACUUCCCUGCCUGACCCUGGUGACUUUGACCGGAAUGUGCCCCGGAUCUGUGGAGUGUGUGGAGACCGAGCCACAGGCUUCCACUUCAAUGCUAUGACCUGUGAAGGCUGCAAAGGUUUCUUCAGGCGGAGCAUGAAGCGCAAGGCCCUGUUCACCUGUCCCUUCAAUGGAGAUUGCCGCAUCACCAAGGACAACCGGAGACACUGCCAGGCCUGCCGGCUCAAACGCUGUGUGGACAUUGGCAUGAUGAAGGAGUUCAUCCUAACAGAUGAGGAAGUGCAACGUAAGAGGGAGAUGAUCAUGAAGAGAAAGGAGGAAGAGGCCUUGAAGGACAGUCUGAGGCCCAAGCUGUCUGAGGAGCAGCAGCGUAUCAUAGCCAUCCUGCUGGAUGCUCACCACAAGACCUACGACCCCACCUAUGCUGACUUCAGGGACUUCCGGCCUCCAAUUCGUGCGGACACAAGUACAGGGAGCUAUUCUCCAAGGCCCACACUCAGCUUCUCCGGGGACUCCUCCUCCUCCAGCUCCGAUCUGUACACCACCUCACUAGACAUGAUGGAACCAUCCAGCUUCUCCAACCUGGAUCUGAACGAAGAGGAUUCUGAUGAUCCCUCUGUGACUCUGGACCUGUCUCCGCUCUCCAUGCUGCCCCACCUGGCUGAUCUUGUCAGUUACAGCAUCCAGAAGGUCAUCGGCUUUGCCAAGAUGAUCCCAGGAUUCAGGGAUCUCACCUCCGAUGACCAGAUUGUCCUGCUUAAGUCAAGCGCCAUUGAGGUGAUCAUGUUACGUUCCAACCAGUCUUUCACCAUGGAUGACAUGUCCUGGGACUGUGGCAGCCAGGACUACAAGUAUGACAUCACUGAUGUCUCCAAAGCUGGGCACACCCUGGAGCUGAUUGAGCCCCUCAUAAAGUUCCAGGUGGGGCUGAAGAAGCUGAACUUACACGAGGAAGAACAUGUCCUUCUCAUGGCCAUCUGCAUUGUCUCCCCAGACCGACCUGGGGUCCAGGAUGCCAAGCUGGUUGAAGCCAUCCAGGACCGCCUGUCCAACACGCUGCAGACCUAUAUCCGCUGCCGCCACCCGCCACCAGGCAGCCACCAGCUCUACGCCAAGAUGAUCCAGAAGCUGGCUGACCUGCGGAGCCUCAACGAGGAACACUCCAAACAGUACCGGUCCCUCUCCUUCCAGCCGGAGAAUAGCAUGAAGCUCACACCCCUCGUGCUAGAAGUGUUUGGCAAUGAGAUCUCCUGACCAGGGUAGCCUGCAGUGGUGCCUGGGUAGGGCCGUUCCUCCAAGGCCCUGUUCCCAGGCCCUGGGCUGUAUUCAGCCCAGCAGUGCCUCCUGCCCCUUCUGGAGUUCAGUCCUUCCUCUGCCAUGGCCCGUAUCUGUCUGGCCCAUCCUUUCUCCUGCCCAGCCUAACACCUGGUCUCCCUUUCCUGUAGACUGCAGGUUGUUCCUGUCCCUUGAGACCUCAGUUAGAGAAGGCUGCUGUUUAUUUGACCAAGAAACUCGAGUGGGGGUAGAGGGCAGAGGCUAAAGGCAGAACGCUUUACCUAGGGAUACCUCCACCACAGGGGGCUGCUGCUCGUGUCAAGGGAGGCAGGCAGAAGAGAUGUGUCCGUUCCUCAGGGACAGGUACCUAUACCUACCCCCCACUCCAGUCCUACCUGCCCAGAGCCUGAGGAGAAAUCUGGCUCCUGACUACAAAGGGUACACAACCUACCCAUCAUCCCUUCUGUGUCCCGUCUCAUCCUGCCACCUGUCUGUGUCAUUCUGACCCAGGGGAGUCGGUCACUACGGGGGCCUCCUUCCUUAUACUCAUGGAUUCAUUCACUGCCAAGAUGACCAAAUAUACUACCACACUAACCAAGGAGCACUCACCUAGCCCUGCAGUUCCCAUCUUUGAGGUUUUGCCAUGGUAAUCCCCCAGGGCCAGGACCUCUGGUACAGUGGGCUUCUUCCCCAUCCCCAGAACCAGGGACCUAGACACCACCAUUGGAAAGGCCCCAGGGGAUGAAAUACGGGGCCCAAGUAAUGAAGAACAGACAAAGCCAGCAGGACAGUGAAUGGAAGUCCGUCUAUCUUUGUCAUCAAGAUGAGGGUUCUGAAGCCUGGAGCUAUUGGGACCCACUCCUCUCCUCUAUACCUAGUACACGUGUCAGGACCAAGUUGUCCCAAUUUUCAGAAAGUCCCUUGCCCUGUCUUCAUCCCUUACCCCACCAGUGCCUUACCACCUACCCAGGAAAGCAGGUCCUCUGGCCUCCCAGGACCUCACAGUUUGAUCACCAAGAGUAUCCCAGAAGUCAUUUCAGCCACUCUAUCACCCCCACUUGGAGCAGCAGGGUCCCA